GCACUCAUUCUAACGGUUGGAAUGGAGCCUCGCAAUUUCCCAUCUUCGUCUUCUUCUUCUUCUUCCCCCGUCUCUAUCAUCGUCAUUUUCUCCAUUCUCUGAUCAUCAUACUCUUCUUAUCAGUUAGACUAUAAUGUGUUCAGCAAGCACCCUGCUUCUUUUCUUUCUCUUGUGCUUCUUUGAUCCUACAACAGUGUUCGCACAACAAAACCUCACAUUCGAAUUCCCUUCCUUCACAUCUCUUCGCAACAUCACUCUCAUUGGCGAUUCCUUUCUUCGGAACGGCGUCGUCGGCCUCACCAGGUCUUCCGACGUUCCCACUUCCAGCGCCGGAGCCGUGAUCUAUGACAAUCCCAUCUGUCUCUUCGACCCACAAUCAAACACUUCCUCUUCGUUCUCAACAUCGUUCGCUUUCUCCGUCACCAACAACCUGAACAAUCCUCCUUCCCUCGUUGAUGGUUCCUUAUCCUUCUUUCUGUUUCCCGCCAACCACACUCUUGGGAGCUCAGGCGGGUAUUCGGGUCUCCUCUGUUCCUCCCAAUUGACCUGUUCGGACUUCGUCGCCGUGGAAUUCAACCCCAGUGAUAAUGGCGUUGAGUUGGAUCUAAACGGCGUCGCUUUGAUCAACGCCACCGGUGAUACCAUCUCACAGGGCAUUGAUCUCAAGAGUGGGGAAUUGAUCACAGCUUGGAUCGAUUACGACAGUGAAAAGAGGAAGCUCCUAUUGUUCUUGAGUUCCAAUUCUAGUUCAAACUUGAAGCCUGAGAACCCGAUUCUGAAUGUUGAUGAUCUUGACCUCUCUAGAUAUAUCAAUGAGACUGCGUAUGUGGGGUUUUCUGCUUCUACUGAGGGAAGCACUGAGCUUCAUCAGCUUGUGAGCUGGAGAUUUCAGAGUAACGGAUCUAUUCCUGCAACAUCACCAAAGUUUCAUUCUCGUAAUGUUUCUGAUAGCUUUGUGAGUGCAACAGAGGACAUUCAUAAGAAAUCCUCAAAUAAUUCCAGCAGUAAGCAUGACAAAAGGCUUGGGUUAGGUGUAGCCAUUGCUGGUCCAGCUUUUUUCUGUGUAGUUCUGUUAAGCUUGGGGUGUAUUUCUGUACGAAAAUGGAGGAAUAGCAGCACACCGAAGAGAGUGAAAACUGAGUUAAUGGCUUGUCCUAAGGAAUUUAGUUACAAAGAAUUGAAAGUAGCCACAAAAGGGUUUCACUCAAGUAGGAUCAUUGGCCAAGGAUCAUUUGGGACCGUUUACAAAGCCCUGUUUCUACCUUCGGGAACCAUUGCCGCUGUGAAAAGGUCAAGACACUCUCAUGAUAGCAAAACAGAAUUUCUAGCUGAACUUUCCAUCAUAGCUGGUUUGAGGCACAAGAAUCUGGUUCAGCUUCAAGGUUGGUGUGUAGAUAAAGGAGAAUUGCUGCUUGUUUAUGACUUCAUGCCCAAUGGAAGCUUAGACAAGAUGCUCUAUCAAGAAUCUGAAGAAUGCCAGAAGAACUUGUUGAACUGGUCUCGUAGGCUUAAUAUUGCUAUUGGGUUGGCUUCUGUUCUGACUUACCUUCACCAAGAAUGUGAGAAAAGAGUCAUUCACCGAGACAUUAAGACCGGAAACAUAUUGCUAGACGCAAAUUACAACCCAAGGUUGGGUGAUUUUGGAUUGGCGAAGCUGAUGGAUCAUGACGGAAGCCCAGUUUCAACAUUAACAGCAGGAACAAUGGGGUAUCUUGCGCCUGAAUACCUUCAGUAUGGGAUGGCUACUGAGAAAACUGAUGCUUUCAGCUAUGGUGUGGUUGUUCUUGAAGUGGCAUGUGGGAGGAGGCCAAUUGAAAGAGAAGGCCAAAACAUGGUCAAUUUGGUGGAUUGGGUUUGGGGUCUUCACUCUCAGGGGAAGAUACUUGAAGCAGCUGAUAAAAGAUUGAAUGGAGAAUUCACAGAGGAAGAGAUGAAGAAACUGUUGCUCUUGGGGUUGAGCUGUGCAAACCCAGAUAGUGCUGAAAGGCCCACUAUGACCAGGGUUUUGCAGAUUCUCAGCAACCAUGAAGCAGCAAGCACACUUCUUGUGCCAAAGGUGAAGCCAUGCCUCACCUUCUCUUGUAGCUUGCCUUUGAGUCUAGAUGAGAUUGUUUCAGAGAGUGAUGAGGAGUCCAGUACUGACAAAUCUUUGUGCGAGAUAAGAAUUGAUUGAAAGUGUCGACUUAGUCAUUCAUUUCAUUUCUUGAUUCUUUGUGGAGGAUUCUUCAUUAGGGAAGGUCUGUUUAGGGACUUGAGUUCAAAACCAAUCUGUUGAACUUCAAUGUCUUGUGUAUUACUCACCAUAUAAGAGUUCAGUUAUACAAUGAAACUGACCUUCUUUUUUGGGUUAUAUCCCUUUUUAAGA